AUACGCACUUGCACAAGCGCCCCACCGCAACCAUGAGAACUACUCUGCUCCUUCUCUCCACACUCGUGGCCAUCGGCUUCGCCACUCCGGUCCAGCAAGCCCCUCAGCCUCCCGUCUCUUGCACUGGCAACCAGAAGGAGAACAUUCUCGUCUCCCACGACUACAAGUUCUCGCCUACGUCGGACACGUACGAGAUCUGCAACGGUCUAUGCUUCGAUUUCCCGGCUGAGUACAACAACUCCAUCUCUGCUAUCGAUCCGAACGACCACGCGACGCAGACGUGCACUCUAUACGAGUGCCGUGCCGGCGGUGCCGGCGCUGUUGUCAUUGGCAACAGUCGCGUCAACGAUCUCCGCACGCUGGUCCCGAACCUCGACAAGCAGGCUUCCAGCAUUCUGUGCUCCUGGACAGGCUAA